GCGUACGACAAAUAAAAAACCCGACCCCCGAUUCGAGCGACCGCGCCUCCCACCGAUGAAUCCGCCGCCUCCCCGCCGCCGGCCGACAUCCUCCGCCACGCCACCCUUCGUCGCGUCGUCCUGCCCGCACCCUGGUCUGCCUCCUCUCCGCCACGCCCUCUUCCCUGCGCCGUCCGACUCCUCCGCGCGCGGUUCGCCGACACCGAGGCCCAGGCCGCCGCGCUCCGAGCCUGCGCCGGCCGGCUCAUGCGCGCGCCGCCGACCGCGACCGGCUGCUCAACACGCUCCUCGCGGCCGCGGGCAACGACCAGGAGGAGGAGGACGCGCCGGAGGUGGGGCAACGUCAGAAUCAACGCGCUCGGAUCCAGCCGAGGAUUCGGCGACACGGACGCGGAGGCUCCGGCCGCGGCCGCCGCACUCCCUCCGGUCAUCACCUUCCUUCCAGAUGGCUUUCUCUGUUCAAUUGCUUAAUUUGGUUGUCUUUGUCUUACCUGAACUGCAAGGGAACCAACUUACAUGGCAUGAUGGAUGGAGAUAAGUAGAUGUUUUUUUGUUGUGUUCACAUGCUUUCUAAUAGUUUUGAGCAAUAGGCAUAAAUCUGUUAUAAUCAAUCAAAGACAGUGAGAAUGUUUGCUGAAAUCUUUAGAAGUGGGGAUCCUAUGAAUUGCUUUGAUUGAACGUCCAACGAUGAUCUCAUCUUAUAGUAACUCACUUUUGAAACAUUGUAUUGGUAGUUUUUAUCUUUACGAUUUUUCCUUCUGUACAUACUGGAUUGCAUUAUUUAGGACAUGAGACAGCGCUGCAAACAGCUCAUGAGAGUAGUUAGCAAAUGCAAAUCAUUGUAUAUUUUCAUUUAUGCUUCUCUUAAUAGAAAAUAGUACUAUUCUGGGGAAGGGCACCUGGCUGAGUUUCAAUAAAACUCUUCAGGUUUUGUAUGGUGAGAUUCUCUUUAUAAAACAAGAUUUGUAUUGGUGGUAGAUCGACAACAACUGACAAGGACUACCACGAUUAGAGCUACUCUUUGGCACCCAUGUUACAGUAUGAAGUCAAGCAGGCAACAAGGGAUCCGUGGGACGAGGCCAAGGUGUACGUGCGCAACCUUCCCUACGACGUUAGCAGCGAGCGCCUUGUGCAGCUCUUCGGGCAGGACGUCGUCGUCGAGGUCACCGUGUCGAUAUGUGGUAUUGGUGACAGAAGGUGCAUCACGCGCUUGGGUAUUUUCCUCCGCACGAGCAGGAUGAACCCAAGGCCCCUCCUGUGAAUCCCAUUGCUUACCAUUUUUCAUGAUUGAGAUCUUGGGAUUUAACAUUUUGUAUUUUCUUGUUUAUUUUCUUUUUCUUUUGGAGGAGAACAAGAUGCAGCUUGUGAUAUGUGAAUUUACAACUUUUGUUGAAUAAACAGAAUAUAUCAACUGUAAGUUGAUGUAUAGAAAAGUCAACCCUUGCAUAGAUUUUGUAUUAUAUAUAGUUAACUCAGUAUAGUUAACAUUUUUUCA